GGUGCGUGCGGCCAGUGAGGCGCUCAAGAUGGCCGUCACGUACAUCUGAUCGGAGGUGUGUGCCGUAAUUUGACGCCGAUUUGACGUGACGAGGGUGGGCCAUGCACCUCGCGCCGCUGGCAUGGUGAUCGCGCGAAGGUAACCGGACCCGGCAUCGACGCGGACCGUCCUGGGCGUCGUCGUCGAUGGUUGUUCUUGUCCCCGUGGCCGCCGGCGGCUGGUGGAAUCAUGUUCAGCAAGAAGCUCCAUGUAGACGUCAAGAAGUCGACGCUUAAGAUCCAGGAUGUCAAGAAGGAUAGCGCGACGCGAUUCAAGCAUCUCAAGAUCGUGCUAGAAAACGUGGACACUGACGAGGCAAAGGGCUUUUUUGAGGGUAACUUCAGCCAUGUGUACUUCAUCCUAUACGAUUGUUUCGUGUCCGCCGAAGCGAAUCUUCGGCAGCGCGUGCAUAAAGCACACAGGGAGGAGUUAGAACAAGUAUUGCAACUUCUGGAGAAAAUUUUAACUCUUCUUCCUGAGUUACUUAAUAGACGAUGGCAGUGUCAUAGUUUAGCACGAAUCUUGCAGAAGCUCUUGCAUCCUGGUAAUAGUUGGAAACUUCGAAGACAAGCUAUAAGGUACUUUAUUUUGUGGUAUCAAGCCCUUGGCGAAAAUGCUCCUGAACACAUACAUCAGAUGUUUGCCAGCUUGGUGCCAGGAUUUCCACCGCAUCAAGCGUCGCCUUAUAAAUGUGAUCGUAAGACGGAUAGUAAGAAAGAUAAACUGGCGAGAGCAGCCAAUUCCGAGGAGAAGGAUAAGAGAGAAUUUUAUGACACGCAACUUGGGCAAAGUACUUUUCAUGACAAUGGAUCAAAUCAGUGUCCUAUCAGUCAAGUUGACAGUGGACCUAUCCUACCACCGCAAAGUGGAGAAAAGCCACUCGACAAUGAAACUGUUAGGUUUUUGGAAGCAUUGCUUGAAUUUAUGGUUACUCAGGUGGUAAAAGUAGAAUGGCGUGAUAAAUCUACACGACAGCAUAAAACUUUCCAAUUUUUAUUAGAACGUUUUAAGGUAGCAUAUCUACGUCACAUCUGUCCAGAAUUUAAUGACAACUUUUCGCUUUACAAACCUAACUUAGAAUUACCCACAAUGCGUAAACCGAUGAAUCAAAAUCAGAAUAACUAUCUACUUUGUAAAGUUGCUUUAAUCAAAUGGAUUGCGAGCUUUACGCAUGUUGCUAGAAAAGAUGGACUUUUCGCACAUCUUUCACAAAGCACAACACCAAAUGAGGAAAACACAGAAUCGGAAUUACGCCGUGUAUCGGUAUACACUCAAAAUUCUGCUGAUUCGAAUUUACUAUCACCCGAAUCAACCAUGUCCCAGCAAGAUGGUCAAAAUCAGGAAGAUAGUGCAGUUUCAGCUAUGUUAGUUAGAGAGGUUUUAUAUGGAAACAGGGAUAAUGUAAACUUUGUACAUGAAUUGUACAGACAGGCAUUUCUUCUGGAUUUCCACCAUGCAGGAGCCAUAAGAAAGGCUAUUGCCGUUUAUAAAGAUUGGAUUCAAAUGAAUGAAAUCCCUCCAUUUAUGUUAGAACCGCUUGAUGGCCAUAAAGAACGGGAUUUUGAGGAGAGUCAAAGAAAGGAAAGCGAAAUGGAAAAAAGUCCGUCUGAUAGUUACCGGCAGACGAGAUUAAGAAAUGAUUCUUAUCUUGGCGCAAUACACCGAGAAAAUUUGUUCAUUAGAGCAGGCUUGCAAAAUGUUCUGCAAAUUUUUAUUACGCAAGCUUCAAAUGUAUUUUUCUUAGAGAAUUCAGGACCGAAUGCAUCUUUGACAUUACUUGAGGAGCAAACGGACAGUUGUAAGAGAGUCCUAAAUGUAUACCGAUAUGUUGUUAUGCACUCUAGACUGGAACCGGCGACUUGGGAACAGUUACUUAGAGUGUUACUGCAAAUUACAUCGCUCGUACUGAGCGAGAAGUCCUCUCGCCGCAAGCAUCAGGAAAGUAUCGGUGGAAAACUUGCGCCUGCCAUAUUCCAGACUCUAAUUGUUACAUGGAUUAAGGCUAACUUAAACGUGGUUAUUUCUACCCAGUUAUGGGACCAGUUUCUAGAGGUGUUGACAUCGUUAACACAAUGGGAGGAAUUAAUUCGAGAGUGGGCGAAAACUCUGGACACGCUAACGAGAGUAUUGGCGAGACACGUAUAUAACUUGGAUUUGAAUGAUCUACCUUUAGACAGACUCAGCGAACAGAAAUCAAAAAAGAGACGUGGAAUCGGAAGCCGCGCGGCGUCAACUGGAAGCGUACAGCCGCCUCGGAAAGGCAGCGUUGAUCAAGAGAAUAAUACCGUGUUAAAUAGAAGCGUCGUAGAUCACCCGCUACGUGAUAUGAGAAAGGUGCGACCAUUGCCGCGCAGUGCGAGCGACAACACUAUAUAUAACGUUAAGACUCGUGCAAAAUUGCAUAGGCAACGGACGCACACAGUACACAGCGGUAUUCCCGUACUCCCCCUAUCGAUAGAACAAGAUAUGGCGCGGUUACUGUCAAACGGCUCGACUUCGUCGUCAGCGACCGGUCGGAAGAUGCUGUCCAACAGACGUGCAAAAUCUUUGGAUAGCAUUGUUAUAAUUGAUAGCGAACCACCGUCACCACGCUGCCCUUCACCAACACCCAGCAGUGGCGUUGAUAGCAACAAAGAUAGUCCCAUACAGAUAGAAAAUAUUGACGGUAGCAGUAUUGAUACAAAUGACGCAUCUGAGAGGAGAUCAGUUAUGGCGGGUGGAGGGGUCCGUGGAUGGUUGCCAGAUGUGGCUGUCGUUUUAUGGCGACGUAUGCUGUCGGCAUUAGGUGAUGUUAAUAAUAUUCAAGAUCCUGUUUUACAUGGCCAAGUCAUGGAUUAUCUCGUGCAACUCACACAAACAUUAAUUAAGAUACGUUUAAAUCAAGGAGUAUCCGGGGAUAAUCAAGCAACACCUCCAGCACCAGAUCUAAUUCCACCUCUAACAGUUAUUGCACCUUGGUGUUUCAAGGCAAUUCAGCUUCCCGAUCAAUAUGAAAGUGGUAAAUUAGCUGCGUAUCGUCUUAUAUGUCUCUUAACGGUACAACCACUGGAUAUUAGUUUACCAAAACAACAUCUCACGCUCUUCUACCGCGCCGUUCAUAAUGGAAUUGCUAGUAACGAAAGUAAAGUACUGCAUGUACUUGUAAAAUAUACAGGGCCCAGAUUAUUUAGUUUAAAUCUACCUGGAUCGAGUCUUUUGAUUUUGGACUAUAUACAUGCUGCUAAUGUGAUACUUAGCAGUCAAGAUGUCGAGGCACCAAGGACAGAAGCUGUUUCUAUUAUUGGCUCAUUGUUAACGUUACCUGUCACAAUGAUCAAGCUACCCAUGUUACAACCAAAUGGACCUGAUAUUGUAACUAUGACGUGUCCAGAAGCAAAAGAGCAUAUUGUAACAAUACUUCUGCGAAGCUGUCGACGAGAACCCACUGGUAUUGCGAGAUGUCUGGCCCUGUCAAGUAUCGCGAUGUUUGUAUACAAAGAACUGUCCUACAAAACGCAACAUCCGAGAAUUCCGGAAGCUGUCACAGUUCUUCUUCUUGCACUUAGAGCUUCUCACGCUACUGUUGCACAGGUUGCGUGUGAUUCUCUGUUACUUCUCUGCGAUAAGGCUGAUGUGUUGCUAGAAUUGUAUCCUAAUGUGCCAUCUAAGAUAAUACAGAUUUUAUCGGAUACACUUGGGCGAAUGACAACGCGUGAAAGACGCGGACCUUUAACAGUAUCAAUGCUGUUUUGUUUGGGCGAAUGGGCCAUGCACUUAGGACCAACAGUAUUACUACAAGUGUUUCAAGGAAAACCUCUCUUGAUGACCUUAUUUACAGUGUUAAAUAACAUAGUGCAAAAUAAAAUUGGAAAGGGAUUUUCGAAAAUCGCUAAGAAUCAGGACGACGACGAUGAUUUCGAUCCUAAUAUUACGUUAGAUAAUUUAAUUGACGAAUCCUCCGUUAAAUCCCCUCGCAAAGGAAAUAUUCAAUCUGUACAAUUGGCAGCAAAAAUGGUACUGAUGCAUUUAAUUAAUCAUUUGGGACACUUUCCAAUGGGUAUCGGAGCUGCGCGUCUUUCAUCACUAGUUGUUGAAUUGGAUGACGUUCCUGGAAUCGAUGGAGACGAGCUGUCCUCCGCCGUUUUUCAAGCGCCUAAUAUACAACUCUUGAUGCUCUCUAAUUCGAUCAUAAUGUCACUGAUAGAAUUGGCGGCGUUGGACGCACCUGGCGGAGGCGUCACGGCUGGUUUGACUACAGCUCCUUCUCUGGUUAGAGUUUUGUUGCGCGAUCUUGCUGGAAAAGCUUCUUGGGACAGUUCGAUCUUGUAUAGCCAACCAUUCAUUGAUGAUGAUCUACCGCUGCCGUUUGUGAAACCUGUUGAUUGGAGCGUAAAAUUACAUACGGAUGAUUUGAACAGUGUCAUCACACCUCACAACUGUACUCCCAGACACACAAUACGGCAUCGCGAGCCGCACAUAUUGCCGACUUUUGCGAACGCUGCAAGCGACAUGGACAACUUAGAUGAUCUUCUUCAAUAUAUAGGACACACCAGCCCGGAAGUUUUGACCAAUCCAGAAAUCGCUCUCAAUGCGCCCGCUAAUCCACCUCAAGGACAUUAUCUUGAAAGCGAAACUAUUGCGACAAUUUUAAAUCAGAGAAACGCAGAGCAAGAACACAUGAACAAUUGGAACCAACACAUCAGUAUGAGUGCAACAGCAAUCAGUCCACCAUCAUGUCGCCCGCCCCCGGCGCCAUUUCAUCACUGCCGCCUUCUGUUUUCGCAUCUCGGUUUGUCCGGCUGGGAGUUGCGUAAGAAAUUGCAUCUGCUGGCAAAAAACGAGAAGCUCUUACGCGAGCUCCGUAAUCUCGAUGGCCAGCGGUCUCGGGAGACACACAAGAUAGCAGUGAUUUACGUCAGCCAGGGACAAGAAGACAAGAACUCCAUACUAAGCAACGUCACUGCCAGUAAGGAGUACGAGAGCUUCAUCGCGAGACUCGCUUGGGAAGUCGAAUUAGAAUCGCAUACUGGUUUUCUCGGUGGCUUAGUGCCUGGAAAGGCGUCUGGUGUUACCGCGCCGUAUUAUGCCACAUCUUUCACCGAAGUUCUCUUCCACGUUGCUACAAGGAUGCCAUCGGACAGCCCCGAGAGUUUGUUGCAAAAGACACGGCAUCUUGGCAAUGAUGAAAUCCACAUAGUUUGGUCGGAACAUUGGCGAGAUUAUCGCAGAGACAUCAUACCCACAGAGUUCUGCGACGUCCUCAUAGUCAUUUAUCCACUGAAAAACAAGCUAUAUCGAAUACAGAUCUCGCGUAAAUCGGAGAUUCCAUUUUUUGGUCCUUUAUUUGAUGAGUGUAUCGUGGAAGAUAAGGUAUUACCAGGUUUAGUGAGGACGACCGCGUUAGCCGCAAGUAGAGCGAAGAGAUCUACGCUUACCUUAUACCAACAUUAUUACGAGGAGAGGGCGCGAUCCAUCGAUACUGUUAUGAGAAAUCACAAGGAAGCUACGACAUUUGAGGAAUUUACAGCAAAUGUUUAUUCACCGGUGCAACCGCCAAGCCCAUUUAGCGCAGCUUCAUCUGUCUCUGGAUCUACAACAAGCGUGCAAUCCACAGCAUCGUCAAAUCUCGCGGCAGCACUUAUUGAUUCGCAUCAGGGACGCUCCGGCUUGCGCAGCAGUUCGACAGCUAGCAGUGACAACCGUGCGAAUAGAGUCUUGCAAAAUAUAUUCAGAGUUUCUGACGGAAGCAGAGUGUGGUUUAGCAAUGAUAUCCCCGAGAGUACUGCGCUCCACGGAAUUUCACCAAGACCCGUAAAAAAGAUGUCCUUUAAAACCGGACCAAAGCAGAAGGCUAACACACAACCGACCCCGCCAGAUAGUCCGAGAUACAAAUGAAAUUUUUUUCAUUCGUACCCAGAAAAAUGCCCCGCACAAUUAAUUGGACUCGGCGAGCGUUAUACUUUAAUGGAACUAUUCGGACAAAAGUUAGAGUAAUGAGUAAUUAUACGAUUCCACUGUUAGUAUUACGCGCAUAGCGUGAUUUCAAGAUAACAAUGUGGCAACUUGACAUAUUGCCAACCAACACAUUAUUCACAGUGGGGAAUAUCUGAUUAAUGCGUUUUGUGUUUUCCGUCCUUAGGUUUAAUUUUUAUAUUGAAUGUACAGAUCGUUGUUUAUUUGUUGCAACGUGAAUAUUAAUUUAUUGGAAAGUAAAUAUAUGAUAAAUUUAUUAAAUUAUAGAGGUAUAUAAUAGGUAUACUUCUCACACGAACCUAUUGAUGUCGAGAGACAGCUAUUUACAUUGUACAGCACUUUCUUAAGAUUAAUUUAUCCUAGUUCGCUAGCUAGAAUAAAUAAUUCUGAACUAAAAUUUCUAUCUUAAAACAUAUUAAAAGUAGUAUAGAAAUAUUAACAUUGUAAGAAUGCUCUGCGGUACUGCUAUAUGGCCUUGUAAUUAUCUUAUUUGUCACAGAAGAGUACAUAUAGAAUAUAGAUAUAACUAUUUUAUUAUUAAUUGGCAAGACAAAUGCGAGAGGAUUUACGAUUAAACGUUACUUCCAAUACGCUUGUCUGCUUGUACAUUAAAGUCAUAUUCCAGAUAUGGGGCUGAUGAGAAUUUAAUAAUUGCGUUAGUUUGAUUUGAAGCGAUGAUUAUGACUUACUAUGAAUUAUGAAACAAAGUGAUAAAUAGCCAUUUUCAGAGAAAAAAAAACACUUAAGUUACACAUUCCAUGUGCGUAUGUCAUCCCGUUCUCAAGUUACAUUUACACAUUAUGAUGUAGUUCAUAUAUACGCAUAUUUUUAAUUUAUAUUUAAACAUUGUAAUAGAAUUCAUAUAUAUGCAUAUAUAAAUAUGUAUAUGAAUUACCGAGCCAUUCCAUUUUCGAAUAUUAUAUUCAUAAUUCGACCGACUUGUACUUUUUAUAUGUAUACUUUAUAAUAUAUUUUUCAGUAUGAAAUCUCAUUUUAUUCAACAGAAUAUUAAGAGAUCGCAAUCGCCGAAUCAUUUUAUUUCCAUAUUAAAGUCGAAAAGAUGCUUGAUAUUUUAUAUGAGUAAAUUGAAUAUUUCAUAUAACGACGCAAAGCCGAAUAAUUACUACAAAUUUAGUAAAAACCAAAACGUAAAAAAAAGUAAAUUUGAAAGUAAUUUAUUCCAUUUAUUGAAUAAUCGAUGGCUACUUGCUUUACACAAAUCAUCCUCAUACAGUGAUAAUAAUCAAAGUAUUAACGUUAUCUAUUACUAUUAACGAAUGGCAGACUAUAGUAAAGGAUUAUAUUAUGGUAACGAUCGAUGCAUUAUUCGAGAUGAAAUUUUUCUAGAAGUAUACACUUCGCGAUGAUAAACUCUGUGUAUAAUUAGAAUUUUUGACUAUUUUGAAGACUACCAUGAAACACACAUUCAAAAGUGUAGGUAUUAGCAACAAAGAUGUAGUUUAUAAUUACUGAUGCGCAAGAUCAUGGCCAAAGCAGCAUUAUUUUUCCACUAAUUUAUAAGAUAGACCAGGGAAGCUCUAUGUAUGUAUUGUAUAUAAAUUGUUAAGCAUAUAAAAAUGGUUCUGAAAUAAUUUAAAA